AUGCCCAUUCCAGUCCUCGUCACCGUCUACCCUGAGUCUGACAAGGUAUUGCGCGUCGAAGAGCUGGUGAAGUGGGUAACCGAAGAAGUUAGGAAAAACGAACCUGCGGUGUCAGAUUACAGGUCGUACAAAGGUCGUGGCGAUGUGCCAGAACACACCGUUUUCAUGAUCUUCUUCCAUAUCGAAAACGAAGAAGAGCUGCAUAAAAGAAAGUCGCUGUCUCACCACCAGCAUAUUGCUAAAGUUACCAACGAGGAGCAGCUCAUGAGGAGGCCUCUGAAAUAUACCGUGUUGAAUAGUCUUACGGAAUGGUCUCGUUAA